CGCAUGUUGAAUCGAUUUCCGGUGCGCAGCUUGUUAAAUACAUGCUUUUGUAUUUUCACCAAGAAUCUUUUGAUUUAUGCUAAAUAAAAGCAUUAUUAGAGUAUUCUGUCUGUCCUAAAUACUGCAGAGAGAUGGCUUCCAUCGAGCAGCUGUACAAGGAUUUUGCUGUGCUAGCAGAUGCCAAAGAUAAAGCCGGUGAACAUGAGAAGGAGUACCUGUCAAUCAUCAGUGGAGUGAAGGGUGGGGCCAAUGAGAAGAGACUUGCCUCACAAUUCAUCGCAAGAUUUUUCAAAUAUUUCCCUUCUCUUGCUGACAAUGCUAUCGAUGCUCAGUUGGAUUUAUGUGAAGACGAUGACUCUGCAAUCAGAAAACAGGCUAUCAAGGACCUACCAGGACUUUGUAAGGAUGCCAAAGAGCAUGUCCCCAGGAUAGCAGAUGUCCUAAGUCAACUACUCCAAUGUGAGGACUCCAUGGAGCUAUCCCUAGUGCAGAGCUCCCUCAUGGUGCUUAUGAAGAUAGAUGUGAAAGGUACUUUGACUGGUCUAUUCUCCCAGAUUAACAAUGGUGAAGAUAUAGUCAGAGAAAGGGCCAUAAAGUUUAUGGAGAAUAGGAUGAAGAAAUCUGUCGAUGAAAUCUUCAAUAAAGAUAUCGAGGAAUACUUUCUAAGUGAAUGUAAAAAGGUAUUUGACGACGUAACGGGUGAUGAGUUUGUAUCUUUUAUGAAAAUUCUCUCAAGUCUUACAUCAAUUAAUACAGUAAUUGGUCGACAACAGUUGGUGGAGAUCGUAGUCGAACAGGCGAGUCUCAAAGAAGAAUUCCAGCCAACAGACAGUGACUGUGUUGACAGACUGAUGCAAUGUAUAAGGCAAGCAAUGCCAUUUUUCUCAAAAAAUGUGCACUCAGCAGCAUUCGUCUCAUACAUAUGUGACCAAGUGCUGCCAUCUUUAAGUAGUAUUGAAAACCAAGCUGAGGGGACUGAUCUCAAGUUAGAGAUUCUCAAACUAUUUGCUGAAAUGUCCACUAAUGCUGGAGAGUUAGAAGAUGGAAUUGAAAAAGUGCAGCGUGUUUUUGAUAAAUUGUUGGACUACAUGCCACAGCCCCCAGAGGAAGAAAACAGUGCCCCUGUGGAAGCCCCCAAACUUGAGUUCUCUUAUGUUGAAUGUUUGAUGUAUGCCUUCCAUCAGAUAGCCAGGCGACAUCCUGAGUUCCUCACAGGCGAAGAUAAUGGGGAGAGGUUAAAGGAUUUCAGAAUCAGGUUACAGUACUUUGCUAGGGGAUUACAACUUUACAUUAAGCAGCUGAGAAUGGCUCUACAAGGAAAAACUGGAGAUGCUCUAAAAACUGAUGAGAAUAAACUAAAGGUGAUAGCACUUAAAAUUACAUCCAACAUUAACACUUUGAUCAAAGACUUGUUCCACAAUCCACCUUCAUACAAGGCUGUCUUACAUCUCUCAUGGAAACCAAUGAAACCUGCAGCUUCUCCUACACCAGCCACAGGGCAAAAGCGAUCAAAUAUAACACCAGUGACAUUUGACUCAGAAAGCAAAAAUAAGAUAUCUAAACAACAAGACAGGAAAAUAUAUGCUCCCCCUAGUGGCAAGUUCAGUGAUAAAGCAGGCACAUUCCGAGAUAACAAUGGUGGUGGCGGCGGUGGUUACAGGGGUGGAGGCGGCUAUAGAAGACAACAGAGAGGUGGGCGGGGCCGAGGUAGGGGCUUUAAGAGAUAUUAACAAUUGAGAGGAAGUAUUUAUCAUCAGUCUCAUUAAAUCACAUCACAUAUGACUUCACAUUGUACAUGGACAUUGGAAAUGUGAUAAAAAAUAUCUGUGUGUGUGUUUUAUGAUUACGAUCCCUUUGGUGAUACUUUUCCUAAAAGGAACAUAUGGCAAAAAUUAUGGAUUAUGAAUCUUGAUAUUGACACUGGCGUUUUAUUUAAAAUGCCUAAGUCAUUAGCAAUAUAGUAAAGUAAAACAUCACACAACU